AUUUCAAACCUAUUCAGUGUCACCUGGAACGGAAUCGUUGUAAAAGCGAGUGGUCUUGCGGCUGGUAAAGGAGUUAUUGUGACAAAGAGCUGUGAUGAAGCAGUCGAGGCUGCCAAAGAAAUACUUCAGGGCAAAUUUGGUGAAGCAGGAAACGAAAUUGUCGUUGAAGAAAUGCUCGUAGGUGAAGAAGUUUCGGUGAGUUCGACUGACUAA